UUCUUUGCAGGCUUUCUCUCUUCCGUUUCUUGUCAACUUCGUUGCAAAUUUCUGUUGUUUUUUUAGUUUUUUCGCAGCUUUGCAUUUUCUUUGUGAAAUGUACGGUUUGUGCAAUCGUCCGCUGCAUGCACUGCCUGAUUUCAGCAGGCGCCGAAUCGCCGAUUCAGCAGUUUGUUUCAUUCGUGUUUCAACAUGAAUUUGUCGAUUUAUUUUUUUGUGAGUUCCGGACUGCAGAAGUGAAGAGUGCUUCUUGAUCGCUGUUUUUGUGGGUUGUCUGCAUGUCGAACAAGGACAAGGACGCCGCGGAGAAAUCCCGGCUGGACCUGCUGCGGAUCUCCCCGGGGGCCACCCCUCCCCUGGACCUCCUCCCGGACCUCCCGCCGGCGGCCCCCGUGGACGAUGAGCAGCACUGGGAGCGGCCCUUUGGGGACACGGGCCGGGGCUCCGUCCCCAUCCCCGCCAUCAUCAGCAAGACGCAUCCCUACGCCGAGGGCGCCCACUCCUACUGGUCCUACCUCACCUCCCCGCGCACGCGCCACUUGAUCGCCGGGGGCCUGGCGGGGGCGGGGGCCCGUCUCUUGACGCACCCCUUCGACCGCACCCGCACCGCCAUGCUGCUCUUCCCCUACGACCCGCGCUUCGCCAGCAUGUCCUCCACCGUCCGCACCUUCGUCACGGAGCUGGGUUGGCGGGUGGGGCUCUUCCGCGGGCUGGACAUCAGUCUGGUCAAGAUUGUCCCGGAGGUGGCGCUCAAGUUCGCCGUCUAUGAAGAGAUCAAGAAGAACCUGAUCGCGGUGCACGUGGCCCAGACGGGCAACCAUUCCUCCUUCCUGGACCGCUUCUGGGCCGGCGGCAUCGCCGGCUUCAUCUCGCACCUCUGCAUCUACCCGUUCAAAGUCGUGCAGACGCGGCUGGCCAAUCAGCGCCCCUUCGGCAGCGAAUUCGCCGGGAUCACCGACGCCUUCGGGAAACUGUACCAACAGACGGGGCUGACGGGAUUCUACCGCGGAUUCUUCGUCAGCGUCACCGCCAUGGUGCCGGCCAUGGGCCUGGAUUUCGCCAUGUACGGUCUGCUGAAGAAGCUGUACAAAGCGCACUACCACACCCAGGGCCAACUACCCCUGUACAUCUUACUGGCCUGCGGGACAUUAGCCUCGACAGUGGCGCACGUGGCCACCUACCCGCUGAUCCUCCCUCGCACCCGCAUGCAGGCCGGCGACUACGAGGCCCUGCAGAUCCAGACGCCGCAGAAGAACAUGUGGGGCUACCUGUGGGACGUGUACCGUCGCGACGGGGUGGUGCGCGGCCUGUACUGCGGCCUGGCGCCCUCAUUAGCCAAGGUGGUGCCCGCCGUCAGUCUGUCCUUCGUCUUCUACGAGAAAAUCUCCCAGAUGAUCACGCCGCCCCGGACGGCGCUCCCGCUGAGGGCUGGAUGAUUGAUGAGUAGACGGUGGUGGGAUUUAUUUUGUGAUUUAUUCGGAAUUUAAUUCGGUUGCAUGGUUCCUGGUUUCCGGCAAUCGUUCCUGUGCCUUCCGCUCUUGUGUAGUUAUGAAGCGUUUUAUUUAGAGAAAUCUCGGAUGUGUUAGUGCAUGCAAAAUUCUGGAACAGCAUGAUUUGUUUAGAGAAGAAAUGUUUUAAUAUUAAUUUAUUAAUAAAUUGAGCUUCCAACGCGGUGUGCAGAUGCUGCAGAUUGUGGAAAUAUGCCGCGUAUGCUGUUU